AAAAAAACAUUAUCAGUGACAUUACUAUCGUUUUCAUUUUGCUGCUGUUUUGUUGUUCCGCUUUUAUGGCUUUUAUAUAUUGAGUAUCCCAUACACAGCAAAAGAGUACAGUAAUGAAUAACAGCUAAUAUGUGUAUUUUUGUAUUUUUACCACGGAAAAUUACGCUUGAAAAUUAAGUGAGAAAUUGUUCACAAGAAAUGGUAGGACACAGUGGUGAAAUGCUGAUGCCAAUGCCUCCUCUAUCUCCAUGCCAAUCUCAAUCUGUGCAGCAGCAAGAUUUUCCAGUUUUCAUUCCGCCAAGAAAACGGCAAACUGGAAAGAAAAUGGCUCUGAAUAACCAUGUAGACCAUAUUAAUUCACAGGGAAAUAACAAAGACUGGGAUUUAUCUGCAGAACGUAAAAAUGUUCAAAAAAAUAAACGAUGGAAUAGUGAAGAAAUAAUAGAAAUUAAUUGCAAAUUACAUGCACGAAUAGAGGAUUCCGAUGAGCAUGAUAAUCUUAACGAACUUCAACAAUUUCAUCCGCUUAAGGAAAGUUCAACCGUUACACCAAGUAGUAUUUCAGAGAGUAGUCUAGAUAGAAAAUCUAGCAAAUCUCACGAGUUGCUUACUGGUAGCACAAAGAGGUCAAAAAAGCGGGUAAACAUAAGAACCGAUAUUGAUGAGAUUAGCAAUCAUCAAUCGACGUCUGCUAUUUGCAAUUACGAAGAUUUAGAAUCUGGUGAAACAAGCAUUUUGAAUGCAGAUAUUGAUCAAUGCAGUACGGACCUAUAUAAUUCUAGGAAUUCACAAUCUCCGGAUAACUAUCUUACUCUGACAGGUACGAUUAAACGUGGCCGUAAAAAAGGACAAUCAAUGGAUGUUCAAUUGAAUAUUUCUCGUGAUGAACUAGAGCAAAUAAAUAAGCAAGCACUAGCAGCACAUGAAGAAGCGUACCGUACAAAGCGGAAUUGUUGCCAAUGUACUAUUCGUGUCGGAAUCCACAUUUUGUUACUUUCAGUUUUAAGUUUUCCGUUGGUUACGCUGGCUACCAGUAUAUACUCUUUUUACAUCGGAACUAUAACGUGGUACAACAUGUUCAUCUAUUUCAACGAGGAAAAAACAUACCUUCAUAAACUAUUUAUGACACCGUUACUUAUAUUAACUUAUCCGUUGGCGAUUGUUGUAUGCACAAUGGGCUUAGGAUUUUAUGCCGGGAUCAAACAAAUUAGUCUGCAUUUUACAACUUGGGUGAACGAGAUUUGCGAUAUUGAGAAAGGUUUCUACGGAUGGCUGUGUUCGUUUCUGCAUCUGUCAGAUUGCAGUCCUUACGAGGUAGUAAUUUUAACGGAUAUUUGUCCUGUUGGUGGCUCGGGAAUCGGCGUUGAUAGACCAACACAAAAUGAAUCGAUGCAGAUAAACUCUUCGACUGAGGAGUUAUCUUUAUAAGAUGUUAAGAAAAAAGUGUGGCCCAUUGCAACAUACGAAUUUCGAGUGAAUUAGAUGCCUAUUUUAUUUAUUUUCAUCCAUUCAACUUGUAAAAUUUCCGAAAAAAUGUUUUGUGCAAAAAAUUAAAUUAAAUAAUGUUCUUUUUGAGUAUAAGUUUUAAAUUGAUAUUUUCCAAUUUUAGUUAAAGUUUACCAAUCAUCAAAAGCCUACUAAAAUUUAGAGUGGUGUAUUAUAAUGUUUACUACAACUACAAUUACACAACUACAACUGAAAAGUGCUUCAAAUUAGCACCAUUGACACUAAUAUCAUCUUUUGAAAAACCCGAUAUAUUGAAUGUAAUUAAAGCUGACAGACCUUUUUCGCAUACAUUAAACCUAUUAAGAUAUACACAUCAAUCUAUCCUAUAUCUGAACAUCGUAUGAUCCUAUGAUGUCGUAACAAGAUAGCAUAUGUUUACUGAAAAAGUAACUGCAAACAUAUUCAACGUAUACUUCAAAUGAACUAGAAAAGUGUAUACACUACGAAAAUAUAAAAAAUCGCAUACCAGUUUAAAGCUCAAGCAAGAAUAAACAUCUUCUCAAUGCAAAA